AUGGUUCGUUUUGUCCAGUCGAUUUUCGUCUCCAGCGUGGCCCUACUUGCCUCGUUUCUUCUUUCUAAUGUCAACGCCGCAGACGAGCCCUUGCCGUGGAACGGUCUUUUUGAGGACCUGAAGGUGACGACGAUUAAAAAGAAGUAUUUGACGCAUAUCCUGACCGACCGCAAAGUCGGCAAAGUGGACCCGGAUCAGUGGUUGACUAUAACUCCAAAUGGCCGCUCGCCUGCCUAUAAUGGUGAUACGGGCGUCGCCACACUGGCCGUCGACUCGGAAGCUAUUUUUCACGAACAGAACAACUUUCGUCGCUCGGAGCUGGUGCAAAACGUGGCGGGUAAUACGAAGGGCACGACCUUCUUUCGCGUAAGUCUAAUGAAAGAAGUGGCGUUUGUUAACCUGAAACCAUGGCAGGUUAUAUUUCCUGAGUCGCAUCUGUUUGAACUUCGCAUCGACGCGUCUGUGGACCCGGUGAAGCUGAUUUGGUAUACGGGCGGUGGCACCGAGACCCGUUGGUCCACCGAGUUCAAGAUCAAGACGUGGUACAACUUUGGGAUUGCCGUAUCUUCCGGAAAUAUUGAUUUGUAUUUCAGUGAAGGAGACGACGUUCUGGCUCUCGCUAAGACCCAGAGCUACAGCGGAGACGUCCCCACGAACUACGAGUUCCACUUUGGCCAGCUCACGCUUUCGGACGAUGGCAGUCCCGUCAAGAUGGUGGAGGGUAAGCAGGACGUGCUAUCCUUUAAUGGCGUGUCGGUCGAGGACAAAAUUCCUACUGACAUCGGCUCCAGCACACCGAGUUCGAAAGAGUCUACGACGCCGGCCACCACUUCUACCAGUACGACGCCAGCAGCCGCGAGCAAGACUGCUGACGUAACGCCUACAGAUACGCCUUCAGUGACGGCCACAGAUACGCCUUACAACGAAUUCGUCACCGACAACUUCAAACGUGAUCGCUGA